AUGGCACCUUCUGCAUCACUUUCCGAAUGGAGUGAUGGUAAUCCAGACUUUCGAGCCCUGGGACAUGGCCAUGCUUCACAACAGGUAAUUAUAAGGGUACUUCUGUCGCCACAUAUCUUUGACUGGGUGGACGACAACACCCUUCGUUAUCAACAAAGAUGGCCAUACUAUCGGUAUUCUGGGGACUUGGACGGAGAUGAGCCUCACGAGUCCGAAGCUGUGGUGGAAUGGCUCUUAAAUGGAGGUUCGAAGGUGGAUUCUAGGGACUCUCUUGGUCGCACUGUGCCGCACCAAGCAGCAUUUCAAACCUGUGAGGACACGAUCACACUCCUUCUAGAGAGGGGAACCGACCCCAUGUCAAAAGAUUUGUUUGGUCAAAUUCCACUUCACAUGGCAUGUGCUCCUUUUUCUUGCUAUGCCGAAGAUGCGUUUGAGAUCCUGCUUGAAGCCGGCUCUGAUCCCAAUUCGAGAGAUAUCGAAGGCGAAACCCCACUACACCAGUCUGCACGAGCCGGCUUUUACUGGGCGCCUCCAGUAUACUUGGCAGUGAUAAGUGGGCGUGGAGAGGACAGCGAGAGGAUGCUCAAAGCGCUGUGUAAAGCCGGUGCAGAUUGCAGCAUGGUGAACAACGACGGUCAAACUGCGAUGGAUCUAGCUCGGGGCUGGGACGAAGAAGAAACGAUGAUUGCCUCAUCUGAUGAGUUGACUGAAGAAUCAGAUGAAGACGAAUAUGAAGACUCACAACAAAACAAAUCCGGAGAAUCAAAUAGCGAAUCGGAAGAUGACCCAGAGUAG